AUGUCGACAAGUCAAGAGGUAGCUUCCCUUGUUGGAGCAGGGCAGGAGAUUGCAAGUGCUGUCUCGACCAUGGUACCCGAGAGCGUUCUCUACGGAGCGUAUCUCAUAUUCAUGAUAUUCGCGGCUAUAAUAUUACACGCGAAGCGGGAGCGUACAAAGGCCCAUAUAAUUAUGUUCUCCGUUUCAACUAUCAUGUUUGCCAUGUCCACGACUCUCUGGACGUUCGACAUCAUCAAUAUCGUUCUGCCUCUCCAUCAGAUGUUUUCUUACACCGACACACAAGCUGCUGUCGCGAAGAACUUCUCAAACAUCAAUGAGACGAAGUACUUUCUUGGGUCUAUUAUCUUCACUCUGGAGUUCAUAAUGGGCGACGCGGUCAUUGCCUGGCGUGCGUGUGCGAUAUGGAACAUGAACAAGCGUAUCAUACUGUUCUUCGGAACAAUGUUAUCAUUGUCUCUCACACUGACGUGUGUUUACGUUGGUUGUGUCGGAGUCAAUGAUUGGGAUUUCCUUGAUAGGCCUGCCUCAUGCCAGGAUAUGGUAACGGCAGCAUUCUUCGUGUCCGUUGCGAGUAAUCUCGCUUCGACAUGCAUGAUUGGACUAAAAGCAUGGCACCUGCGUAAAGAUAUGCGCGCCAGUAACAAGGACGGAUGGUCGUCUGCUGGGAAAGUAGUACUUCUACUCGUCGAAUCGGGCUUUAUAUGGCUAGUUAUCUGGCUCUCCCAAUGCUUCACCUACCUCCCCGUUUUCACGCCUUCUAGUGGGACCGCUGCAUGGAUUGCAAAUAACGUCCUCAAUUCCGUUGGUAACCAGAUCGUUGGCCUCUACCCAGCGAUCGUCAUCGUCCUGGUACACCACCAAUACACCAUCUGGGACACCUCGAACAUCUCCCUCAAUGGGGACGUCUCUCCCAACGUGGACAACAGUCUUGGAGAUAUGCAAUUUAUGCCCCAACAUACUUCUAUGGAGCCAUAA